ACACAAGAACACCUUCAACUACAAUCUCAACUUUACCAUUUUAUUCAUUAAUACAAAAGCAAACUAUCUAAUCAAAUCAAGACUACAAUCAAGAUGGCCAUGGAUCAAGGCUUGAUCAAAACAAUCAAUAAAUUACAAGACGCAUUUGCUUCUGUCGGAGUUUCAAAUCCAAUUGAUUUACCACAGAUAGCUGUGAUUGGUUCACAAUCUUCUGGAAAAUCAUCUGUACUUGAAAACUUAGUAGGACGUGAUUUCUUACCAAGAGGAACUGGAAUUGUGACACGUAGACCAUUGGUCUUACAAUUGAUUAAUAGACCAGCAUCGGUCAAACCUCCUGGAUCAUCUCCUACUAAUGGAACAACAGAUACAACAGAAACUCCUCCUUCUGAUAAACCAUUAGUACCUGGUGCAGAUACGAAUCAAAACCCAGAUGAAUGGGGUGAAUUUUUACACUUACCGGGUGAAAAGUUUUUUGAUUUUAAUAAGAUUAGAGAAGAGAUUGUUAGAGAUACGGAAUCUAAAACAGGCAAGAAUGCCGGGAUCUCACCCUUACCGAUCAACCUACGAAUCUUUUCACCACACGUCUUAACCCUCACAUUAGUCGAUUUACCUGGAUUAACUAAAGUACCAGUAGGAGAUCAACCGAGGGAUAUAGAAAAACAGAUUCGAGAUAUGUUAUUUAAAUUCAUCACUAAACCUAAUUCGAUCAUUCUUGCAGUCACAGGUGCUAAUACAGAUUUAGCUAAUUCAGAUGGAUUGAAGAUGGCAAGAGAAGUCGAUCCUGAAGGGGCUAGAACGAUUGGAGUGCUUACUAAAGUUGAUCUUAUGGAUGCUGGUACAGAUGUGAUUGAUAUCUUGGCAGGUCGAAUCAUUCCACUUAGGUUAGGUUAUGUUCCGGUGGUCAAUCGUGGUCAAAGAGAUAUUGAUCAGAAGAAAAAGAUUACAGCUGCUUUGGAUCAUGAAAAGGAUUUCUUUGAGAAUCAUGCUAGUUAUCGUUCUAAGAGUCAAUAUUGUGGUACACCUUUCUUGGCCAAGAAACUUAAUAUGAUCUUGAUGCAUCACAUUCGGAAUACAUUACCAGAAAUCAAAAACAAAAUCGGACAAUCCUUAAUUAAAUAUCAAAGCGAAUUAACCGCCUUAGGAGGACAAUUUGGAGAACCUAAUUCAUCAAAUGUAGUAUUAUCAAUCAUCACAGAAUUCUGUGCUGAUUUUAGAACAGUCAUAGAUGGAAAUUCAAAUGAUUUGAGUAUCAAUGAAUUAAGUGGGGGUGCAAGAAUCGCUUUUGUGUUUCAUGAAUUGUUUAGUAAUGGGGUUAAAUCACUUGAUCCUUAUGAUCAAGUCAAAGAUGGUGAUAUUCGGACUAUCCUUUAUAAUUCUUCGGGUUCUUCACCUGCUCUGUUCGUGGGUACAACGGCUUUUGAAGUGAUUGUGAAACAACAGAUUAAACGAUUAGAAGAACCUUCAUUGAAGUGUUCUGCAUUGGUUUAUGAUGAAUUAAUUCGCAUCUUGACCCAAUUAUUAAACAAAAAUCAAGGGUUUAAACGAUACCCCGCUUUGAAAGAAAGGUUUUAUUCAGUUGUAGUAGCAUUUUAUAAAAAAGCCAUGUUACCCACCAAUAAAUUAGUAUCAGAUCUAGUAGCAGCCGAAGCAGUUUAUAUCAACACAGGACAUCCGGAUUUCAUAAGUGGACAUAAAGCGAUGGCUUUAGUAAACGCAAAGAUAGAAGCCUCUAAACCACCACCGUCUACUGCACCGGUUCAACUUGAUAAGAGUGGAAAACUACCACCUGGAGCGAUCAAUAACGGUCGAGAUUUAGAUGUAGAUUCGAAAGUCAAUGAAGCUGGUUUCUUUGGUAGUUUUUGGAAAGGUGGUCAACAACCUGGUCCUAGGAAAAAAGGUGGAAUGGGACAACUCGAAUCGCCGCCUCAGGUUCUUAAGGCUUCGGGUGUUUUAUCGGAACGUGAAGUGAUUGAAACGGAUGUGAUUAAAUUAUUGAUCUCAUCGUAUUUUAAUAUUGUGAAACGUACGGUGAUUGAUAUGGUACCUAAAGCGAUCAUGCUUAAAUUAGUUUCACAUUCAAAAGAUGAUCUACAACGAGAAUUAUUAUCAGAACUUUAUAGACCUGAUGUUUUGGAUGAUUUAAUGAAAGAAAGUGAAAUGGUCGUUAAUCGAAGAAAAGAAUGUAUUAAGAUGAUUUCUGCUUUAGAAAAAGCUAAUGAGAUUACGGCUACUGUUUAAUUCAUCUGAUGGGUUUUGGUUUUGGUUUUGGUUUUGAUUGAGUUGGGAUGUAUUUUAGAGUUUUGCUUUUUCUUCUUCUUCUGAUAAUUGAAUCACAUACAAACACAUGUAAGUUCUUUUUUUUUUGAAAAAAAACUCUUUGGUUUUCUUUCUUCCAUUUCAUUUUCUUUUCUUUUCUGUUUUGAUUUGUUAUGUUUUUUUUUCUCAUCAAUAGAAGAAAAUGAAAUUUUUAAACUAGUUUUCUAAUUGAGUUUUUUUUAAUAUAUAUAUAUAUCAUUGGUUUC